GAGCCUACCGAUCACGGCUAUUGUGCGUCGGUAUGUGAAGUGCUUGGUGCAACAGGAAGCCCUGGAAAUGGGUGUGUGUGUGUGUUGUCAACAGCGCCGUUUGGCACAGGAUGUUGGACUUCUUGGAUCAGCUGCCAAGCCUCGGGAAGCGGACUCUCCCCGCCCGCUGCCCUUUUGUGGGGACACAGGGAGGGCAGGCUGCGGCCUUGGCGCUGGCGCCGCCUAGGCGAAAGUGUCCCUUGAGCGCCACCUGUUACUUCUCUCCCGCCGGCCCGGCGCGCGGAUCUCCUCCUGCGCGCUCGGCUGAGGGAAGGCAGCAAAGGUGCCUCAGGCUCUUCCCCAGCGCCGCCUGCGCAUUCUCCGCGGGGCCACCUGCGGGCGCCAUGACCGUCGGGGGGACCCGGAGAGGCAACUACCCCCGGCGGGGGCCUGCGGAGGACGAAAUCUCUAUCCUGGAAAAGGACGAGGAAGAAGAGGAGGAGGAGGAGAGGAGGCAGACAGCCCCAAGCGGCCAUGCUGAGGAGGGGGAGUCCGGCUGCGCCUCCAAGAAAGUCGUCUUCGCCGUCCUCCCGGACAGGUACGAGCCUCUCGGCGGCGCGGAGGACGAGCAGCAGCCCAAAGCCGAGCGCAAGAGCAAGAAGCGCAGGAGGAAGCUCAAGAAAUACGGCAAGAAUGUGGGCAAAGCACUGCAAAAAGGAUGCCGUUAUCUGGUACUCGGUCUGCAGGGAUUAGCUAAUGCCUACUCCUCUCCUCUUGGAGUGGCUGUUUCAAUAGCUACGGCGUUUCGUUAAGACUUGCAGGCUGCCACAUUUGGGUUGAAGACGGAAGGAACGGUCGCUGAAGCACCUGGCCAAAUUUCCCUUUCGCCGAAACUUCGUCUUCAGAAAUGUCUCCCAACUCAGCACCAAGAAAGAAAAAAUAGAAAAGAUUGAACAUUCGGGAUGGCUCAUUUGCUGCUCUGGACUUGAGUAGUUCUCCGACAAGUGCUUUGAUCAAAAGAAUGAGUAAGGCCAAAAGAACAAAACGUUGAUUAGCUGGGCUAGCUUUAGAAAUAUAGUAACUGUGUGUCAACCACUCACCAGCAGGAUUGGUCCAAGACAUUUGGCCGCCUGAGGCAAGGAUGGCACCCCACCUCCCAUUCCAUGUGCAAAAUCCUACUGGAUUGUCAGCUGAAUGAACACUGGUGGCAGGACAGUGGCCCCCGCCACACAUGAGGCCUGAGAGGUAUAGGGCAGACUGUGCGACAUGCACAACUCUGUCCUUCAGCACCUCACCUCCAUUCCUCACCUCUUGAGGCAGCCACCUUUGCCUAACAGUGGUGACUGGUCUCCACUGGGACUGCUGGCGUGUAAGGCAGGAGGCCAACAGUAGGUGGAGCCAGAGCCAAUGACAGGCACAACCACGGUCAAUGAUAGGCAAAGUCAAUUAAUUCUAAUUUUGUCCCUAAACUCCUCCUUGCUGAGUUCUGCACAGGAAACACUGAAGCUAAGGAGGAGGAAACUGAAAGCCAGUUACAUCUUUUGGACCAAUUAUAAUUGGAAAAAGGCAGGGAGAUGGAGGUUGACUGAGGGUAAACUGAAGUUGGUGCGGUAGUGCCCCAUUCAACCCAGUGGACCAGACUGUACUACCGCCUAUUAGUUGGGCUGGCCUUGACAAAAGCAAAAUCUGUGGGCAAAGAAAAGGACAGCAUGUAGGAGGAAAUGGAGGUAGAGUGACAGGUAAAUGAGACACAUAAAAGGAAAACAAAGAGAGGAUGUUUUCAUAAUUCUGGUCAGGCCUUAGUAAUGAUGCAUGGUGGGCUGGUGUUCCACAGAGGCAGGAAAAGCUGCAUCUGUGGAAUGUCUGUAUCCAAAAUUGGGAACUUCUGGAUGUUGUUGGACUACAACUCCCAUCAUCCCUGACCACUGGCCAUGCUGGCUGGGGUGGAUGGGAAUUGGAGUCCAACAGCAUCUGCAGAGCCACAGGUUACCCAUCCCUGGUCUACAUGUUAGAGCACACAGGAGCAACAGCAGAAGCAGGCAAAGACCAGAAAAGAUGGACAAAAAGGGGGAAUUGGGAAGAGAAAUUAUUUGACAAAAUGAGAACUUGAGGACAUUAUUGCAUUGGCUCCAUCACGUAGCCAAGCAUCUUACGAUCAGUUCCAGAUACCUUGGGAGUCCUGGUUCUCACCUGGAGAAUUGUGAGACCCCUGUGGGUAGGGUUGCCAGGCCCUGGUAGUGCUUUUAUCUCUCUUAAGGGAAGGGAACAUUUAUGCAAACCACGCCCGCUUUCACCAGCCUUGCCUCAUGCCCACUUUCAGUGGCUGAAAUGUGUUUUUGAGGGCAAAUAAUUACGUAGUUCCAUUUGCUUGGAUAGAGGAUAAAGGCAGGGGUGUGUGUAUAAACUAGCCUAUGGUACAAAGGUAACAUUUGCAUUCAUUGCUCUGCCUGCUUUUGCCUCUGGCCCUGCCUACCAUGCAGCCCCUAGAAGGCUGCCCAGAAGAGACUGCUGACCUCAGGCUGAAGAAUGUUCCCCACCACUGUGCUAAUUUCACACCAUGCGUGCUUUUAUAAACCUCUAUUAAAGAUGUGGGAAACCUUUGGCCCUUCAGAUGUGGCAGAACUAUGACUCCCAUCAGCCUCAGCAAGCAUGUCUCAAUAGCUAAGAGUUUAUGGGAGUUGUAGUUCAGCAGCAUCAGGUUAGAACCUGAGACCAUAAGAUGAUCCUGCUGGAUCAGGCCAUCCAAUUGUCACAGUGUCCAGCCAAGCUGCUUAUGGGAAGCUCUCAAGCAAGACCUGAGCCCAAGAGUACUCUCAUCUCCUGUGGUCUCCAGCACUGACUGGUAUUUGGAAGCGUUAGUGCCUCCAGCUCUGGGGGCAGAGCACAGCUGCCAUAGCUAGUAUGCAUCUAUAGCCCUUUCACAGAAUUAAGAAUCUAAUCCUCUUUCAAACCCAUUUAAAUUGGUGGCCAUCACUGUGAGCAAGUGCCAUAGUUUAUGUGUUUGUUUUUUAAAAUGCGUCCUGAAUUUUCCAACAUUCAGCUUCAUUGUAUGUCCAUGAAUUCUAGCAUUAUAAAAGAGGUUCUCCACACCUGCUCUAUUAUGUAAUUUCCCCGCCACUACUCUUCAGUAGACUUUAAUUCUUCUUCUGUAUCACCUGCUUGACCUGUGACUGUAGGUCAGGGGUGAGGAAUCUUCAGCCCACAUGCCUACUUAGACCUAGUUAGGCCUCCUCUCAU